CACACUGCAUUUGCUUGCUUUGUUGUUUUGAUUGGAUUCUAUAAAUUGCUGGAUAUUUCCAAUUCUGAGCUCAUUUUUGUUGUUCGUUCGCCCCCAACUGGAGUCCAGACCUCUGAAACAGCUGCAACCCGCAUACAAUUUUUAUCGAAGAAAGUGCAAGAUCUUGACAACGACGCAGUUUUGCGAUUUGGCAAUGUUGUUAUUGCCUUUGAACGGAGAAUAAUUUUAACGAAAACAAACAAACGGGCCGAUAACAAUGAAGGCAUUGCAGUUGUUACUGCUGGCAGUGGUGUCUGUCGUGGCCACCGGCUUGGAGACUCCGAAGGGACGAGCCAAAGACUUGAACAAGGGACUCGGCAUUGUCCACUACCAGCCGGAGCAAGUGCAUCUGGCAUUUGGAGAACGCACUGCCAGCGAAAUGGUCGUCACCUGGUCGACACGCAGCCUCCCACCGGACACGCAAGUGGGCACGGCCAGCGUUGUGGAGUACGGCCUCCUCGAGGCUUCUGGACAGUCCAAGCUCAACCAAGCAGCCCGAGGCACAGCCACCAAGUUUGUGGACGGUGGUCGAAAAAAAGCCACGCAGUUCAUUCAUCGGGUGACCUUAGGGAACUUGAGCCCGAAUUCCACGUACGUCUAUCACUGCGGCAGCUCCUACGGCUGGUCGUCCGUGUUCCAGUUCCGCACGGUGCCAGAGGCAUCGGCGGACUGGUCGCCCUCGCUGGCCAUCUACGGGGACAUGGGCAACGAAAACGCCCAGUCCCUGGCCCGCCUGCAGGAGGAGACCCAGCGCGGCAUGUACGACGCCAUUAUUCAUGUGGGGGACUUUGCCUACGAUAUGAACACCGAGGACGCCCGGGUGGGGGACGAGUUCAUGAGGCAAAUCGAGUCUGUGGCAGCCUACUUGCCCUACAUGGUGGUGCCCGGUAAUCACGAGGAGAAGUUCAACUUUUCCAACUACCGAGCCCGCUUCAGCAUGCCGGGAGGCACGGAGAACAUGUUCUACAGCUUCGACCUGGGCCCAGUGCACUUCAUUGGGAUCAGCACGGAGGCGUACUACUUCCUCAACUACGGCGUGAAGACACUGGUGUUUCAGUACGAGUGGCUGCGCCAGGAUCUGGCCAAAGCCAACCUCCCAGAGAACCGCCGCGAGCGACCCUGGAUCGUCUUGUACGGCCACCGCCCGAUGUACUGCAGCAACGAGAACGACAACGAUUGCACCCACUCAGAGACCCUGACCCGGGUGGGCUGGCCCUUCGUCCACAUGUUCGGGCUGGAGCCGUUGCUCUACGAGUUCGGCGUUGACGUGGCCAUUUGGGCACACGAGCACUCGUACGAGCGGCUCUGGCCCAUCUACGACUACAAGGUGCUCAACGGAACCCUGAAGGACUCGCCCUACGAAGACCCGGGCGCUCCGGUCCAUUUGGUGACUGGCUCCGCGGGCUGCAAGGAGGGGCGGGAGCCCUUCAAGGGCAAGAUACCCGACUGGAGCGCCUUCCAUAGCCAAGACUACGGGUACACCCGCCUGAGGGCGCACAACCGGACGCACUUGCACUUCGAACAGGUGUCGGACGACCAAAACGGAGCCAUCAUCGAUAACUUCUGGCUGGUGAAGUCCAAGCACGGCAGUUACUCGCACUAGGAGUGGGAAACCAUAUCGAAUCAUAGCUUGAGGAGUCUCCAGGAACACACUAGGAACUGGCAGUAUUAGUAACGCACAUUCUACUUCGACCUGAAUCGACCACAAAACAUAUACAACUAUAGCAGUAAGCUAGGCACAUUCCUUAACCGAAUUCCCAGUAGCCCUGGAACAAAAGAAUACACUUAGCCAAAUUUUAGGUCCCAGCAUUUAAGAGUGCAUUUACGGACCUGGAGGGACGACCACUUGCAGAUCUUGAACUCUUUAGUGUUGUUUUUAUUCGUAAUCCAUAUGCGGGGUACUUGGUUUUUAAAGUUUUAAAAUAUUUUAAUCUGUUAACGUAUUCAAGAGUUAAUACAUCCUUGUAUUUGUGUUUCUAAACCUAACCUAUUUCCUUAUACUUUAUAUGGGGUGCCACAUAAAAAUAGUAGAACCACUAGGACUAGUUCUACUAACUACUACUGAAUUUUUAGCCUUUAUUUUAUUUUACAAAAACCCAAGGGGAGUAAGUUCAAAAGCUUUAAUAUUGCAUUAUCAAAAUUCUUUUUUAUAUUUUCUAUUAAUUUGUAACUUCCAUUCCAAUGAAGAAACUUCCAUUUUGAACCAAAUUUGAACUUCACCCAACACAUUUAAUUUUAAAACUUUCCCUCCGAAUUCGGAUAAAACAACGUGGCAUCACAUCAGCUUCAAAACUAUGAAGACUCCCCUGUAUAGAGUUACUAGUGUUUUACAAAAAUCUAAACUUUACCAAUGAAGGCCACGAAAUGUAUUCCUAUUUCAACGCAGUUUAGUCACAAACUCAUCACUCCUUAUAGAGCGAUCAAACUUUUCAGAUAAAAGUGAAGAUCCAUUGCUGAUUUGAGCAAACACCAUGCAAGAUUGUGUGUGUUUUAAAUCACUCACAUCAGGCAUAUGAUACCCUAAGGGGAAAUUGGAGCGUAAUUUGAGUGGAAGUGCUUUGUGAGGCACCCCUGUAUAUUUUUAAGUUAGAAGCACCAGAAUUCCGAAUGGUUUAAUUUAUGCCAGGCUUGCAAAUUGCAUAAAUUUUGUUGUGGCUAUACAUUUUAUCAACAGGGUUUGGUAAUCGCACUUUGUGAGCGCACCGGAUUGGAUUUCAAAAACAAUUGAACGAGAAUCAAGAAAUAAAUGCAUUUUUACCGCUCUAA